AUGGCUGCAAACUCUUAUAAUAUUGCUGUGGUAAUGGUGCCCUUUCCUGAAUAUGGGCACCUAACCCCACUUCUUCACCUUUCUCGUCUUAUCUCUUCCUAUGAUAUUCCAGUGCACUAUGUCAGCGUUGGUGCACGAAAUCAAGAACUGAAGCUUCGGCUACAAGGAUGGAACCUUGACCAAUUCCCCAACAUACAAUUCCAUGACAUUGGCAAUUUUGAGGUAGAGGAAGACAAUUUGUCGUACGUUGCAUUCUUUGACCUGCUCGGUGAGUCUUUAUGUGAAAUUUGUCGUACAAUUUCAAGAACUUGUAGAAGAGUGGUAAUUAUCCAUGAUUCCUUAGUACUACAAGUUGUUCAAGGCGUGAAUUCAAUACCCAAUGUUGAGGCAUAUAUUUUCCACGCCAUCUCCGCUUUUGCUGUUUACUCAUUGAUCCACCAAAUUUCUACGGACGACAACAACAAUAAUAAUAAUAACAACAACGAUAUGAACGGCUUGUUCUUUCCUUUGCAAGCCCAUAUUCCGUCCAUCCAAAGCUGUUACCCGCAGGAGAUGCUGGAGUUCAUGAAAAUCAUGCGCGAUUGGACGUUUAAAUCUGGAGAAAUCUUCAAUACAUGCAGAGAUAUAGAAGGUUUAUAUCUCGACGCACUUGCUAAACAAAGUGAGAAGCCAGUGUGGGGUCUUGGUCCGUUCAAUCCGGUCCAUAUACACAACGAAGAGUACUCUGCUUCACCUAGAAUAUUAAGCCAUAGAUGCAUUGAGUGGCUUGAUAAACAACCCAAGAAUUCAGUCAUCUAUGUUUCAUUUGGAACGGCAAGUACCUUCUCACCUGAACAAAUUAUUGAGCUUGCCCUUGGUUUAGAGAGAUCUGAACAAAAGUUCAUAUGGGUUCUAAGAGAAGCAGAUAAAAAAGGAAAAUGUUUUACAACAGACGUUCCGAAAAUUGAGCUGCCAACAGGGUUUGAAGAAAGAGUAGCAGAAAGAGGAAUAAUAGCAAGAGAUUUUGUACCUCAAAUGGAAAUUCUAGCACACCCUUCCACAGGUGGUUACUUAUUCCAUUCGGGUUGGAACUCUUCUUGA